AUGUCUGUCCCAUCACCCAUCCCUAACCCAUUUGAAGCUACGCCCCGAGCAUCACCCGUGAAUGAGAUUGUAAUCGAAGGACUAAACCAUCCUACAUUGUUUCUUCCACUUCCAACUACAGACCCACUCAAUGCUUUGCUCAGCAAGCACAUCCCCGCCGAGGCGAGGCCUCAUCGAGACCUAGUAGGAAGAUAUGAGGAACAAACGCUGGAGACUCUGGUGAUGUCAAACAGCUGGCGUGCAUUGGCGCGAAUGGCGAAAGACCGAAUUGUCGCGACUCCUUCUGCAGACACGACGCUGGUACUCGAUUUAUGGUCGCUCAGACUAACUUCUCUCGCUCGAAUGCGCCUUUUUAACCAAGCAACAGCGGAAUGCUCGAAUCUCUACUCUGUCCUCAACGCCAUCUCUCCGCCUUCAGUUCGUCGCCAAAUCGUACCGUACGAGCUCGACGUAUUUUAUGCACGCACGAUUUAUUGGUCCGGGGACCUGAAGGGAUACUUGGACGAGCUUACUAGAUUAAUUAGAUUGUGCAAGAGCAUGGCAAGGAGAGACGAGAAGCCUGGCUCUUGGGGGAUUUGGACAGAGCGGGGAAUGAGGACAGGAAUGAUGGUUGUAACCCAAUUGAUCGAGAUGCAGGACUAUCCCGGUGCCUUGUCAAUUCUUCGUCCACUCGCAAUAGCUCCAAAAGCGCCUUCAGAGAUCCGUUUCGCACUGGCACGUAUCAUGAUGGAGGCUGGGGAUACCAAAUCCGUGAAAUUGACACUCGAGGGCGUUGAGACGGACGCGAUUACGCAAGCUCUGGAAGCCGCGAUGCUGGGAAGGUGGGAGGAAGCGGAAGAGAUGCUCAGAAAGGCGCAUGAGGACGAGAAGGAGAAUGGUGUGACGCGAGUGAUCCAGGUUAUCAAUAAUCUCGCGGUUGUGCUAUUGGCUUGCGGAAAAUUAGAUGAGGCAAUUGCCUUGCUCGAAAGCAUGCUCAAAGUGAGUCCAGCAUCGUUUGUAGCUGUAGAGCCUUUCUUGUAUAAUCUCGCAACUUUGUACGAGCUUCGAUCCAACGCUGCCGCUGACCGUAAACGCAAUAUGUUAAGAGAGGUCGCACAAUGGGGAGGUGACGGAAUCAAGACGAGUGCUCUGAAGCUACCGUCUUGA